GUGCUUCGAGACAUAUCUCAGCAUUUUGACUUGAUUUUUCGCAGUGUCCUACUUUUUCUCGUUGUGUUCACUGCUAGCUACAAGACAAGGAAGCGGAGUUACCUAAGAUGGCCGACGAUCUUGCAUCGAGAAGUUUAGCACUGGUUAUCCUCGAAGGCUCCUCUUUGGUCAUUUUAAACCUCUUCUCACUGGCAGGAAAUAUCAUGGUUUGCUUAUCUGUUUACAGAAAUCCAAGGUUACGCACUCACACUAAUCUUUACAUCAUAGCAUUGGCUGUGAGCGACUUGCUCUCCGCUGUCUUUGUGAUGCCUCUCGGUGAAAUAGUACUGUUCGCAGGAAAAUGGCCGCUUGGAGAAGCCAUUUGCGAAUUUCACGCCUUCAUGAGUCUCUUCGUGCUCUACGUCUCACCGGCAACCAUGGGUUUAACAGCUGUGAACCGAUAUGUUCGUAUGUGCAGAUCAAACGCAACCUACCAGAAAAUAUUUUCACCCAGAAAGUCUCGUUUAUGGGUGCUCCUCGUCUGGUUGUUUGUGGCUUGUUACACCGCAAUUCCAAAACUGGCCAAAUUGCAAGACUAUGAGUUUGUGCCUGGCUAUGCGCAAUGUUCUAUCAAACACCUUGGGGAACGCGGCAAGCUAAUCCACUACAUAAUUGUUUUAACACUUUUUCUUGUCAUCCCUAUGGUUGCCACAGCUUUUUCUUACUCGAGAGUUCUAAAAGUUGUUCGUCAACAUCUGACAGAGAUUUCUCCCUCGUUGAGACGACUCGGAGGGAACGACGCACGCGUUUCCAUUCAAGAAAUUCGACUGAGCAGGUCGCUAUUCAUUGUUGUUUUUACCUUUUUGGCAUGUUGGAUUCCUCUAUGGGUUAUAGUCAUAAUGAGACGUUUUUCAUUAGUAUCACACAUGCCAAGAAAUAUAGAACUGUUGUGCAUGUUUUUUCUUUACGUUUCAAACACUAUCAAUCCCGUCAUAUAUGCCGGAAUGAAUUCUACAUUCAGGAGCGAGUUUCGCCGUAUCAUAUCUUGUGGGUGGAUGACUUUGUGCGCAUGCACCCAGCGACAAAUUGAACAAGAAGAACACGAACUUGGCCCAGUGAUGUCUAAGUAACAAGGUCUGUUACAACAAAUUUAUUUUAUUUGACAAUUUAAAUACACAUGUAACAAUCCCUACCCACAAAAUAGCGAAGCUAACCGAGGCGGAAGGGAAAUAAACAUUAAAAAUUCUUUAAUGACAAGUUGGAAUGAACAACUUGCGACAGUUUCACAUAAUAAUCUAAUUCAAAUGUCGAACAAGACAUAAUUUUUCUGGUGAGCUUCGGCGAUAUACAAAACACUGCCAUUUAUGGGUUUGAAAAAGGUGCUCAUGUAACACUACGAAAUAGUCUCACAGGAGUCUUAAAUUCUUUGAAGUCAAAAUAGGAAAUCCUCAGGAGACUGCACUGAUGGUGUAAUUUUUUUUCUUUCAACUGCAAAGAGAUCUGUGAAGUUAUUACAAUAUUUCAUAGGGUGUCAAUUGCCGUAGCUUCUCCGUAACUCCCUGGUAGAAGAAAUUAGUUCGUGAAAACAAAGUUUAUAUUAGUAGAAAUGGUUCAGCCAAUAAAAUCACAGAUCACCUGCUAACCAAAAUUCCUGGAGAAGGAUUCGAGUUCACAAAAGUAUUUACUGCAAGAAAUAAAAAAAAUAACGAUAAUAGUAAAAUUAAAGUGAUAACAA